CAUAAUCCUGAGGGAACGGUCGCUUGAUGCGCCCCGAGCCCAAUUUGCCCUCCGCGAAGUAGGGAGGGAGACAAGAAGAGAAAUCGAGGAAGACGAGAGCCCAAAACCUAGAACCUAAUCCUUCAAGAUCGAUCGAAGAAGGCGAAGAUGCCGGAGGUGCGGAUCGUGGCGAAGAAUUUUAUGGACAUGGUGGCGGCGCUGCCGGCCAUGAAGCUCGACAAGCUCUACAGCAGCACCUUCAUCUGCGAAGCCGUCCUCAGGUGAACAUCAAACUGAGUCUGAUGUUCUUUUGUGCCAAGGUCUUUGCCUCCUCUGGCUAAGAAGUAUGUUUUGCAAAUGCUAUUCGUUGAUUCCCCAGUAACAGCCAAGUCAAUGGAAGAAUGGCUCCUUGCUGAUGGAUAUUCCAAGCACAAAGUGGCGAUUGAUCGGUUACUUCAGCUGAGAAUCUUCCUUGAAGUCAAUGAUAGAAAAAAGGAGACUAGUUACAAGAUGAACACGAAGUUCCAGAGUAAUAUGCAAAAAUAUUUGGUGUUUGGUGGAACUUUACCGAGAGAGCCGAUGCCCUUAAGUGUCACUGUGAGAUUGCCAACAUUGGAAGAUUUAGAGGUCUACGCUCUAGAACAAUGGGAGUGCUUCUUGUUGCAACUUAUAAACUCAGCUCAAGCGGAAAGAUCAACAAGCUUCAGUUCAUCUAUGAUGAGAGUUUUCCAGCGAGGACUUUUGAGUGCAAGGGAAAAUGGAGCUCCAAAGCUAACAGAGAAUGGCUUCCAGUUCCUUCUGAUGGAUACAAAUGCCCAACUUUGGUACAUAAUAAGAGAAUAUAUCUCUUCCUCUGAGGAUCGUGGAGUGGAUCCGACGGAUUUAAUAUCCUUUCUCCUUGAGCUUAGUUUUCAUACCCUUGGAGAGGCAUAUAAUUUAAAUACCCUAACUGAUGUUCAAAAACAUGCUAUCAAAGACCUUGCGGACCUGGGAUUAAUCAAACUUCAACAGGGCAGAAAGGAAAGUUGGUUCAUACCUACUAAGUUGGCUACUAAUCUUUCAGUGAGCCUAUCAGAUUCAUCAUCACGUAAAGAGGGUUUUGUAGUAGUGGAGACAAACUUCAGGAUGUAUGCCUAUUCGUCAUCCAAAUUACAUUGUGAGAUUCUACGCCUCUUUUCAAGGAUUGAAUAUCAACUUCCUAACCUGAUUGUUGGAGCUAUAACAAAAGAAAGUCUCUAUAAUGCGUUCGAGAAUGGCAUUACUGCAGAGCAGAUUAUUUCUUUCCUUCAGCAGAACGUGCAUCCUCGAGUUGCAACGAAGACACCGGUGAUUCCAGAGAAUGUCACAGAUCAGAUUAGACUGUGGGAAACUGAUCGAAAUAGGGUUGAGAUUAUUCCUUCACAUCUUUAUGAAGAUUUUCCAUCAAAGGAGAUCUUUGAAGCAGUAUGCGACUUUGCAAGGGAGAUUGGUGGAUUGCUGUGGGAAGAUUCAAAGAAGAUGAGGUUAAUUGUCCGGGGAGAAUACCACCAACACAUGCGAGAUUUUCUCCGUCAUCAAAAGUAAAGAUGCAUUUCCUGCCUUCUGUGAAGGAAUUUGUUGAGAAGCCCAUCAACAGAACUUUUGGUGGAAAGUAAAUUAGUUUAUAAGAUUGAGAACUGUUGUACUGACAUGUUUAAGAGCAGCUUAUGAUCAUUGUUCAGAUCUGUGAAUCCAUUAUCUGUCGAGCAAGGGAUGUAUUCUUCCUCUAUGUUUAUUUUCAUGUAUUAUGACAAUCUGUAUGCAUGCAUCAUGCCAUGUCAUGAUGAUUUUUUGUCUACCACUACUCU